GGAGGGAGACACACAGAGGUAGAGAUAGAAGAGGGAGGUUCCGCACUCCGGUAGACAAAGACAGGUCGUGACUCGAGAGACGGAGAAGUUUGCAGCGCUCCCCGGUGGCUCUCCGCACCCUGCCCUCUGCUCAGCGCAGCCGAUGGCACCGCAGUUCUUCUUCCCCGGCUCCCUGCGGCAGCUGCUGGUGGUGCUACUGAAGCUCACGCUGUCCUGCGCCGCUCCCGCUAAGACGACCGAUGGGACGCUGUGUACGGCGCGGGGACCCGCCUCUUACGUCCUGGUGUUCACCGGACACUGGAGCCCGCAGACGUUCCCCAAGCAGUAUCCGCUGUUCCGUCCUCCAGCACAGUGGUCCAAGCUCAUAGCAGUGACGCACAACGCGCAGUUCCGGUUAUGGCAGGAGGGGGCGCCGGCGAGCCAGGGGGCGCAGAGCUUCGCGGAGGAGGGCGUGACGGCGGAGGUGGUGAAGGAGGCACGAGAAGCACGGAAAUGGAGGGCGGUGGGGUCCAUGUACCGCACGCCCGGCAUCCCCACGGGUACUGGCCACAGUUCCACCGAGCUGCUGCUGCAGCCCAGGAACCCCCAGCUCUCCCUCAUGGUGAAGGUCAUUCCCAGCCCAGACUGGUUUGUGGGGAUCGACAGUCUGAACCUCUGCGAGCACAAUGACUGGCGGCAAGAAGUGACCCUCGACCUCCGUCCUUUCGAUGCCGGGACAGACAGCGGUUUCACCUUCUCGUCACCCAACUUCCCCACCAACCCACCAGAAAACAUCACCCAGAUCACCUCUCAGAACCCCAACCACCCAGCCAACUCCUUCUUCUAUCCCCGGCUCUCGGAGCUCCCCCCGUUGGCCACUAUUAGACUUACGCGUCAGGACCGAUCACCCGUCCGUCACAAUUCCUUGUCCAAUCACAUCCAGCCUCAUGACACCACACCUAAGCGGUUCUCUGAAACGCCUCUGGACUGUGAGGUGUCUCUCUGGUCCUCCUGGGGUUUGUGCUUGGGAUCCUGCUCCAAGGGCGGAAUGCGGCACCGCACCCGCUAUAUCCUGCUGCGACCUGCCAACAGUGGCAUCCCCUGCCCCGAGCUGGAGGAGCAGGCCGAAUGUAGGCCACGAAACUGCCCAGAGAAGCACUGAGGCCUGCCUUGCAUCACCAUCUGCAAAGGGGCGCACUGAUUCUAACUGUAUUUUCACAGUGACUAUGUGCUUAGCGCGUCCUUGCAGAGUUAAACCGGUGCACGUUCUCCUGCUAAACAUGCACGCAACACCCACAUCUUCACACUCGCAUUUAGCACGUUGCCGACGAAGGCGAUGCCUCGCACGCACACGUCAAGGAGCACGGAGCCAAGCGCAAACACACACUGAACUUCAUCAGAGGAACAAAUCAAUUUUACAUUCAGCGCAAAACCAUCUAGCUGGUAACCACAGAUAACAGAACACACAGAUGCGCACAAUACACAGCUGUUACUUUGCAGUGACCUCACUGCAUCUGCCCUCUUUCCAAAAAUGACCCCAUCUUGUAAGAUACACAUAACACAUGUUGAUAGAAUUUUAGGAAAAAAAAAAAACUGUAAAAUAAAGGUAGAACAUAUUCUGCCAGUGAGUAAUUGACUAUUGGGACAUUAUACAAUACUGCAUUCUGUUAAUCUUUUCUCCAUUUCCUACCUCUCUCUGAUCUGCUAGAAAGGUUUGAAAUAGAUCCAAACACCCUUCUUUCUUAAAUGCCCUGACAGUAAUUUAUGAUCACUUUUUUGCCUCCAGUUUUUAAGCUUUUUUUUUU